AUGUGCCGCUCGCACCCGGCAGCUCCGGUUCCCACCCAGGGCCACCUCCUCCAGAACCACUGGGGCUGUGCCACCGCCGCCUCCCCUCCCUGGGCGGUCCGUGCCGCCGCUGCCCCGUGCGCCCGCGGGGCCGGGCCGGGCCGGGCCGGGCCGGCGGGGUGGGGGCGCCGGGAGCCCGACACGCCCCCUCGGAGGCGCUCGGCUUCCCCGGCGCGGCGGAGCGCGGGCGGCAGAGCCCCGCUCUCCAUGGCUGCGGCUGCGGGGCGGGCGCGGCGCGGAGCUCGGCUGAGCGCGGCCGCGCUGCUGGCGCUGCCGGCCCUGGCGCUGCUGGCGCUGCCCGCGCUGCCGCCCGGCCGCGGCGGUGCCGGCGGUGGCGGCGAGGCGCAGCCGGGCUCCUCGCCGCCGCUCCUGCUGCCGCCGGGCUUGCGGGAGGAGCUGCGGCAGAGGCGGCGCGACCUGCGGCGGCUGGAGGCGGCGGGCGGCGGGGAGGCGGCGGCGACCGAGGGAGGGUUGGGCUGCGGCGACCUGAGCCGGGCGACGGCCGUCAGCGUGCUGGGCUGGGGCUUCACCAAGGUGGUGGCGCGGGCGGCGCUGGCGGGCGGAGGCACGGUGGCCCUCAAGUCGGUGCACGGGGCGGGCCGGGAGGUGCGGCGGUGCGUGCAGCGGUACGGGGCGCCGGCCGGCUGCCGCCGCCUGGCCGCCUACAAGCUGCUCAAGGAGGUGACGCUGCUGCAGCGCCUGCAGCACCCCGGCAUCGUCAAGCUGCACGGCCAAUGCUAUGACAACAGCGGCGAUGAUGAGCUACGGGUCACGGCCAUGCUGGAGCUGGGAUCCCCGCUGGAGAUGAUUCAGCUCCUGCAGACCCCCUGGGAGGAAAGAUUUAAAAUUUGCCUGAGUCUUGUGAAACUGCUGUUUUACUUGGCACAUUCCCCCCUGGGUUCAAUAGUCCUCUUGGAUUUCCAGCCAAGGCAGUUUGUUAUGGUGGAUGGAAACCUAAAAGUGACAGACAUGGAUGAUGCCAGCACCGAGGAGCUGUCUUGCAAGGAAGAUAAUGACUGCACACUUGACUUCCCUACCAGAAGUUUCCCUCUCAAAUGCUCAGUGGUUGGGAAAUGCGAAGGAAUAAAUGAAAAGAAGAAUCUGUUCAAUGCAUAUCGGUAUUUUUUCACCUAUCUUUUGCCACACUCUGCACCACCAGCUUUGCGGCCCCUUUUGAGUGAUAUUCUGAAUGCAACAGGUGAUUUACGAUAUGGAAUAAAUGAAACCCUGAGAGCUUUUGAAAAGGUUUUACAUCUGUACAAGUCUGGGCUCUAUCUGCAGAAAAGACCUCCUCUUUUAAAAGACUACAUUGCCCUAAAGGGUUUCCGAACAGUGGAAGGAGAGGACUACAAGUGCUGGCCCUCUUACAGCCACCUGGGCUGCCUGCUGUCCAUCCACAGCGCCGAGGAAGCCGCUGCCAUUUGUAACUCCCAGCUGCAGUGUCAGAGCUUUAUCGUCACCCAGCACAGGACGUGGACAGGACGCCCACUCGCCUCAUUUCAGAGUAGCUGGACUGAUUUAAUACCGGAUGCUGAUGCUGUAGUCUAUAUUAAACGUUCAGCUUCCUCCAGGGAAAGACUUUAA